GGCAGUCCUGAACGACCGUUCUGGGCUCCAUAACCAGCCAAGCGAAGUGAGCGAGGCCGGCCAACCUGAAUCGCGACGUGCACCGUUCGUGAGGUGAUUCGUAAACUCAGGCAGGCCAACUCGAGACGAGACGCACGGUGUACCGAAGUGAGACGCCCAUCCGGAGGAAGACUUCGCUGGAACGGGAUAAAAUAUCAAAUUAUUAUUUUGCGUUAUAUUGUUAUAAUUUAGAGUUAAUAAAUUUGCUUUGUUUUCAACCUGUGUUUUACUGAGUCUGUCGUCCUGAAAGAACUACCCGUUACAAAUUUGGCGCCCGAGCAAAAGUCGAAAUAUACGCAAGUAAACGUCGUUAUUCGACGCCCAGAUAAUACCAAAAAUGCCGACAGAUAAAGACACAGACUCAGUAUCAGGUGCCACGACGGGUACGUCAUGGAUAAAUCGUCUUUCCAAAGAGGAAUUACAGCGCGACGCCGAAAGAUGCGGGUUGGAUUCCAAAGGAACCGUCGACGAGUUAAGAUUAAGACUCAGAACCUUUUAUAAGGAUCGCGGGGAAGCGACAGGAACAAUCCCAAAAAGCAAUACUUCCAAGGAAGCCGAACCAGAAACACUGACCCAAGAAAUUUCAUUAAUCAGAAACCAAUUACAAGACUUAACAAUGACAAAACAAAUGAGGCAAUCAGAUUUGCUAAAUCAAGUGCGGAGGUGGAACACACACUUCGACAAGAAACAUUCGGAUGCAGUAGACUUCAUAGAAAGGAUAGAUGAAUUAAGCCUAGCCUACGAGAUCGAUAAGCAAGAUCUGCUAAAAGCAUUACCAGAAUUGUUAGGAGACCACGCAUUGUCAUGGUACCGAAACAACAACAGAAAUUGGGAUUCAUGGACGGACUUCAUCAAAGAUUUUAAGAAAGCUUUUUAUCCCAGAGAAUAUUUGCUACAGCUAGAGGAGCAAAUCAGAAACAGGAAGCAAAGGAAAAACGAACCAGUGGAUAGAUACAUCACGGAUAUUCAAACAUUGAUCAGACGAGAGGGAUCUUUGUCAAGAAACCAAGAACUCGACAGGAUAUAUAAAAAUAUGCUGCCAGAAUAUAAGCUAUACGCUCGCCGCCGGGAUUUCGAAGACUUAUCGGGAUUGCAAGAAUUGGCCCAAGAGUACGAAACUUUGGAAGACGAAAGGACCCGAGAAAAUAAAAAUUUUCACGGAAAUUGGAGACGUACAGACCCUACAGAAUACGAUGCCAAAAGGACAUGCUUCCGGUGCAAGAUGACAGGUCACUUCCGUAGGAAUUGUAAAAACCCAUGGAAAAAGUUUUGUUCGCGAUGCGGCAAAGAAGGGGUCUACAGCAGUGACUGCUGUUCCAGACGUCAGGGAAACGAAUAACAGACUGGAGAAACAAGGAGUCGUCCCAGUCUGAGGAGCAAGAUUCGACUCCGCUCGUUCUAGCCGUUACACAACAAGCAGGAAACGACAUGCGACUAUUCGCAUCACUGAAAAUCGGACAAAGUUCCUACAAAGCAUUAAUUGACACAGGGACCACCCAAAAUUACGCCGGAGAUAGAAUAGCGCAGAUAUUCAAACACUCCCUACAUAGCUAUAACGGAAGAACUAGACUAGCAAACGGAUCUUCAAUGGAGCUCAACCAGAAAUUAACAAUUGACUGCGAGAUCGAUAAUUUACAAACAAGACAAACAUUUAUAAUAAUGCCAGGGUUAACGGAAGAUGCAAUACUAGGAGUGGAAUUCCUCAGGGAACAUUCGAUCGAACUUAAGUUCGAUAGGGAUACAUCCAAACAGUACGAACAACAUCAAGAGGAAACAUGUAACAUUUUAAAAGACUCCACCCAAAAUACAGAGAUAGAAAGGUUCCUAAGAAGAGAGCUUAGGGAAUUCGAGAAGUUAACAGGUCCCACCAACUUAAUAAAGCACGAAAUAAAAUUGAAGAAA